AUGAGAGAACGAUCAGAUGCUACCUAUCAUCCUGCUACUUUCCAAGCUCCGAAUCUGAAAGAUAAAAAAGCUUUUUCCUUUCCGUUGAACUAUACGGGUGAGCCAGCACCUCUUAUUAAAGAGGCAAGAGAAAAGCAGAGACCUGAAGAUGCAAGUGGUCGUAAAGAUAAUGCAAACAAGAAGAAAUUUCCAAAACAAGUAAUGCGGAUGCUCGUGGCAGCUCUCGGGAUGAAGAUGGAAUUGAUCGUAUGGAUCAUAAGCUCUCGGAAUGGUGGUGCCAGUACCACAAAUCAUCCGGCGAAAGAUACUAAAGAGAAGACUGACAAGAAGGGACGCGAUUCAGCAGGGAAGAAAAAAUGCUCUCGAUUUGGAGGUGCUCUUUCUAAUUUGAGGUCAAAGAAAUUCGAGGAACGGGGAGGUAGUGUGCACAAUGGAGGAAACGAGGUGGAAAUUGAGAAGAAUGGUGAUUUUCAGUACCGUGCGAAGAUUAUUGCAGAAGUUGGCUCAAGUUCGGGGAGAUUUUCUGCUCGCGUAGAUUGA